UUGAAUUUGUUUGGCGUGUUCAUAGCUUGCCAUCAAACUGUCUUUUGGAGUUUUUACCGAAGGAAUUUAUAGCUCAUGAGAACCAAUAUGAAUAUUACAUCCGCAGCGGGCAUUAUCUCCCUUCUUGAGGAGCCAAUGCCAGAAUUAAAGGUGUUUGCUCUGCGAAAAUUGGAUAUGAUCGUCGAUGAAUUUUGGCCAGAGAUUUCUGAGGCUAUAGAAAAAAUUGAAAUUCUACACGAAGAUAAAGGAUUUCCUCAACAUGACUUAGCUGCAUUAGUUGCUAGCAAAGUUUAUUACCAUUUAGGUAGUUUUGAAGAUUCUCUUACCUAUGCUUUGGGAGCUGGAGAUCUCUUUGAUGUUAAUGCUCGUAACGAAUAUGUAGAUACUACCAUUGCUAAAUGUAUCGAUUACUAUACUCAGCAACGCGUUCUGGAAGCUGAAGGAAAGUUACCACCGGGUAGCAAAGGCAUUGAUCCCAGGUUAGAAGGCAUUGUGAAUAGAAUGUUCCAGCGGUGUUUAGAUGAUAAUCAGUAUAGGCAAGCGUUAGGUCUUGCUCUUGAAACAAGAAGAAUGGAUAUCUUUGAAGCUGCAAUCCUGCAAUCGGACGACGUGAGUGGCAUGUUGUCCUAUGCUUUCCAAGUUGUGAUGAGCCUCAUUCAGAAUCGUGGAUUCCGUAACACUGUUCUUCGCUGCUUAGUGAGCCUUUAUCGUAACUUAGGGACACCGGACUAUGUCAAUAUGUGUCAAUGCCUGAUAUUUCUUGACGAUCCAUUAGCUGUUGCCGAGCUCUUAAACAGACUGAGUAAAGGCUCGCAAGAUUGUGUUCUUAUGGCCUAUCAAAUCGCGUUUGAUUUGUAUGAAUCGGCUACUCAGCAGUUCCUUGGUUGUGUCUUACAAGCUCUGAGAGCAACAGCACCUAUCCCAGGAGCUCUUAUGGUCAAACCUAUUGUUAAGCCAGCUGUGAAACCAGCUACGGAUGUUAGUUCUGAUUCCACUACUAACAGCACUACAGUUACUGUUACCCCUAUGGAAACUGAAUCUAGUACACCUGCUCCAGAAGACAAAGCUCAACGUAGUGUCGAAAGUUUGAACGCCGAAGAACGUGAACAACAGAAGCGUGUAGACGCACUGUCGAGUAUUUUGGGAGGGGAAAUUUCUAUCGACCUGCAUUUGCAAUUCUUAAUUCGUAGUAAUCAAACUGAUAUGUUGAUAUUGAAAAAUACCAAGGACACUAUUAGAGUUUCUAUUUGUCAUACUGCCACCGUAAUCGCUAAUGCAUAUAUGCAUUCCGGCACGACUAGCGACCAAUUUUUGAGGGAUAAUUUAGAAUGGUUAGCAAGAGCCACAAAUUGGGCCAAGCUGACCGCAACAGCGUCUUUGGGUGUGAUCCAUAGAGGCCACGAACAAGAGGCUUUAGCAUUAAUGCAGUCCUACCUCCCUAGAGAUACAGGUGCUGGAGCUGGUUACUCUGAGGGAGGUGGUUUGUACGCGUUAGGACUAAUUCACGCGAAUCAUGGUGCAGCCAUUACGGAUUAUUUACUUGGACAAUUGAAGGAUGCUCAAAACGAGAUGGUUCGUCAUGGGGGUUGCUUGGGAUUGGGUUUGGCCGCUAUGGGCUCCCACAGACAGGAUGUGUAUGAGCAAUUGAAGUUUAAUCUUUAUCAAGAUGAUGCUGUCACUGGAGAAGCAGCCGGUAUCGCUAUGGGCAUGGUUAUGCUGGGAUCUAAAUCUACUCAGGCGAUAGAAGACAUGGUAGCGUACGCCCAGGAAACGCAGCACGAGAAGAUCCUCCGUGGAUUGGCCGUCGGCAUCGCGUUCACCAUGUACGGCCGUCUCGAGGAAGCCGACCCUCUGCUGACCUCCCUCUGCGCCGAUAAAGAUCCGAUACUUCGCCGGAGCGGCAUGUACACCCUUGCGAUGGCCUAUUGCGGCACUGGAAACAAUCAGGCCAUCCGGAAGCUGCUGCACGUUGCUGUUUCGGAUGUGAACGAUGACGUCAGGCGAGCUGCGGUCACUGGACUAGGAUUCCUGUUGUUCAGAACGCCGGAACAAUGUCCGAGCGUGGUGUCCUUGCUGGCUGAAAGCUAUAAUCCUCACGUGAGAUACGGAGCGGCGAUGGCUUUAGGGAUCGCGUGCGCCGGAACAGGAUUGAAGGAGGCUAUAGCUCUGCUGGACCCGAUGACCAAUGAUCCGGUGAACUUCGUACGGCAGGGUGCCCUGAUCGCGUCCGCGAUGAUCCUGAUCCAACAGACCGAGGCCACCUGUCCACGUGUCAAGGACUUCCGUGCGCUCUACGCCAAGGUCAUCGUCGACAAGCACGAGGACGUCAUGGCGAAGUUCGGCGCGAUUCUCGCGCAAGGCAUCAUCGACGCCGGUGGUCGGAACGUGACGGUGUCCCUGCAAUCGAGGACAGGCCACACGAACAUGUUAGCGGUGGUCGGUGCUUUGGUGUUCACCCAGUACUGGUACUGGUUCCCGUUGGCCCACUGUUUGGCCCUCGCAUUUACGCCGACUUGCUUGAUCGCUCUAAACGCGCAGCUGAAAAUGCCGAAGCUGGAGAUACGCUCGAAUGCUAGGCCAAGCGUUUAUGCUUAUCCAGCGCCUUUGGAAGAGAAGAAACGCGAAGAAAGGGAGAAGGUCACCACCGCGGUCCUCAGUGUCGCUGCCAGGACCAAGAGACGCGAGGUUGAGAGGAAAGCUCGGGAUUCUCAUGAGAAGAUGGACGUGGAUCCGCCGGAGACAAAAGAGACCGUGGAGGUGAAGGAAGCGGCGGCGACGGCUGCGGCGGCGCCGAAGGAAGUCGACGAGAAGAAAAGGGAGAAAGAGGAGAAGGAAGCGAAGGAGGCGAAGGAGGCGAAGGAGAAAGUCGAGAAGAAAAGCAAGGACGAGCCUGAGAAAGCCGAGAAAGGCGAGAAAACCGAGGAGAAGAAGAAGGAAGUGGAGCCGAACUUCGAGAUACUUCAAAAUCCGGCUCGGGUUUUACGGCAACAACUGAAGGUGAUCCAGCUGGUGGAUGGCAGCCAUUACGCUUCUGUGAAGGACCUCCAGAUAGGAGGUAUCGUCAUGGUUAACCAUAUACAGCCUGAUACCGAGGAGGAACUUGUGGAGCCAGUUGCUGCUUUCGGCCCGAAACCGGACGAAGAGAAGGAAGCGGAUCCUCCGGAGCCGUUCGAGUUCAACGAGGAUUAAAACGUCCCCGGUCGCCUCGUAUCGAUGAUGUUUCCCGUGACAAUGGCCGCAGCUGCUCAUGUAUUCGCGUCAUAGUUCGUCGUCGAGGAAGAAAUAAAAAAAUAAGAAAACGAUACUAACACUGUCGUCGACCUCUUCAUUUCGAGCAUAGGCCGUCCUGCAGCAAUACUUUCCCGUUGUUCUUUUUUUUUCAUUUUCGUAAUACUCAAGUCCGGCCCGCGCCUAAUCGCGGUGCCGCCUGUCAUCGAGUUGCUAUCCUGUCGCCUCGAGAACGUCAAUAAAAUAUCGUUUGCUUUCGUCGACAGUACGCUAUAUGUCUUUUAUUGGAACCUUGUCACCCCUCCUAAGAUAAGUAUGAACGAAAUGAUUAUACUUUCUCGUGUUUUACUUGUGCAAAUCUUCAUUUUUUUUGUACAUAAUUGUGAUAAGGGUGUGAUCAACUAUAAUUGUAUUUAUUAUAAAAAUGGUUUACGUUGAAUAAACAUAAGCUGAAGUCUUA